AUGGACGUUGACAUGAAAGUCAAAGACGAAGUCGAGGACAAGCGGGACCGGGACCGGGACCGGGACCGCGACGCCGACCGCGACAGAGAGAGGGAGCGCGAGAGAGACAGAGAAAGGGAGAGAGAUAGAGACAAGGACAGGCGGGACCGCGACAAGGACCGCGACCGUGACCGCGACCGCGACAGGGACCGCGACAGACGCGAAUCUGGCCGCAGUCGUCGAAGUGGCGGUGAUCAUUGGGAGCCGGAUGACAGACGCAACGGCGAUCGUCGCAGACGCUCGCGCACCCGCUCUCGUUCUCGCUCUCGAAGACGCUCCACUUCUCCUCGACGCCGCUCGCGUCGCAACGAUACGCGCUCCCGGUCUCGCAGCCGUUCGCGCAGCCGCUCGCGGAGCCGUGACCGCAAACCUGCGGAUUCUUUCUCGCGCUCUCUGGGCGGCCCGAUGAACGCGCCGCAUGAAGAGGCGGUCGAAUUUGCCAAGCAAAGCAAGAGAGAAAACCGGGUCUACGUCGGCAACCUCAGCUACGACGUCAAGUACAGGGACCUGAUGGAAUUUAUGAGGGGAGCUGGUGAGGUCCUGUUCGCCGAAGUGCUCGUUACCCCGACAGGCGUCUCCAAGGGAUGCGGUAUCGUCGAGUUUACUUCGCAAGAGGAUGCUCAACGCGCGAUUCGCGAACUCUCUGAACAGCCACUUCUUGGCCGUCCUGUGUUUAUUCGUGAAGAUCGGGAAAAUGAGUCUCGGUUUGGGGCGACUCCUGUUCCAGGUAAGAUCGGGAUGGCAAUGGCAGGCCAGGGGCUACACGCUGCACCACCACCUCGUCCUCCGUCUCAUAAUUUCUUCGGUCACCAAGGCGCAAAUCCAGGCAAUCAACUCUAUGUGGGAAAUCUCCCCUACCAGGCUGGGUGGCAGGACCUCAAGGACCUGUUCCGCUCAGCAGGCAACAUCAUCCGUGCUGAUAUCAACAUUGGUGCCGACGGCCGUCCCAAAGGAUCCGGCACUGUUAUUUUUGAGACGGCGAAGGAUGCACAACAAGCUAUCAGCAUGUACAACGGCUUCGACUGGUACGGUCGAACGCUGGAGGUUCGAGAGGAUCGUUAUGCCGGCCUCUCUGGCCCCGGUGCAUUCCGUGGCGGUCUGCGUGGAGGCCUGCGUGGCCUUCGCGGCUUCCGUGGCGGCUUACGUGGUGGUUUCCGCGGCGGACUCGGCGGAGCUGCAGGUAGAGACUUCUCGAGCCAGGAUCUGUAUGCCGACUAUUCCGGCCCCGAUCAGCAAGCUGCUGCCGGCGGGCUGAGGAUGGAUGCCUACGGUGCCGGCAACUUUGGCGGUGCUGGCCCCGGAUACGGUGGCUACGAGGCUGAGCCCAGUCAGCAGAUUAUGGUGCGGAAUUUGCCCUGGUCGACUGCGAAUGAGGAUCUUGUCGAGCUCUUCGAGACUACCGGCCAGGUCGAGCUGGCUGAAAUCCUGUUCGAGGGCACCCGGUCGAAGGGGUGCGGCGUUGUGCAGUUCAGCAACGUCCCCGAGGCGGAGACCGCUAUAGCCAAAUUCCAGCAAUACAUGUACGGUGGACGACCUCUAGAUGUCCGGUUCAACGAUCGCUGGCAUACAUUCACUCCUACCGCUGCGAAGGGGGGCCAGACCAUUCCUAUGCAGCAAGAUGUCGUCUAA